UCCCAACUCUCCUCCUACUCAACGAACGACGACGCAUUUGACUGGAAAUUCUGUUCGAGUUACUGGGGAGUAGGCCGUUCCUUCUUACCUCGUCGUCUCGUUCGCUCCUCCCUCACUCUACAUUACAACCAUCACCCUCCACCAUGCAUUCUCUACAAGUUCUAUGACUCCAGAACCUCACCUAUAUCGCCUUUACCAUACUAUUCUUCUUCCCCACCCUAAAGCAUACACAAGAUUGGAGAAACGCCCACGACAUCCUACACAAGACCCACGCAUACGCUCACGCUAGGAUGCCGUUCUGGAUCGGCUGGCCACUAUGGCAGAAGUUGAGCUUUGUAAGGAAAGGUAGAAGCAGUCAAGGCCUUGGACUGACCCCCCAAAGGUUCUUGCGAUCCUCCUGGCGGUCGUUUUGAUCUACUCCUUCUGCGUUCUCGCGUACAACCGGCGCAUGAUCAAAAGGCACGCUGCGGAAGAAGCAGAACGGCGAGAGGCUGAAAAGUAUCCCAUUCUGUCCGAAUCCAGCGACAUCCCGUUCGGCGCGAAAGCCCUGGAGAGAGGUGUUCAUGUCGAGGGCAUCUGGACCACGAAGCGCCAUUCUCUCGUCAAGCAAACUAGUCCAUCGGAAGUAGGCAGACAGGAGAGUUUGGGCUCUACGUUGAAACAAAAGUCGACCACGAGCACUGUGGUGGCACCGCCGUCAUCGCCUGCAUCGCCUGUAGCACCCGUGCUAACCAAUGAGUCCGGCUUGCAAUGUACCUCAAGAGGGGAGACCGAUGCCACUGAAACGGGGGAGCUGGAAAGUAUACAUAUUGACACAUUUCGUGCUAGCCGACCACCGCAGCUCGAGAUUUACGAGCGUGCUAGGGACGCAGAGAGGCCUCGCUCCCGUGGCUGGUUUGCCUCUCGGAGCUCAUGGAUGACCAAGCCUUUCGAAGGCCAUAGAAGGAUGUCUGUGCGUGAAGGUAAUCGUAACCAACAACAGUGCGAUUUGCAUGGGAGAUCGAGGAUCUGAUGAUAAUCCAGGAAAUGAACAUAAUCGCACUUCCUCGGAGGACUUUCGGCGUCGGUUCAGCAAGCUUUUCGAUGAGAAUGCGCCAGUGCGUCCGGCUGAGAUGUUCCAACUGAAGCCUAUUUACCAAGAGUCAAUUGCCAGCAAAGGGUCGUUGGACACCAAUCCAAGGGACAAUGGUAGAGGCCACAUCUAGGUACUGGUAACAUGUCGGAUGCUGCUGGUCUUGGGGCCCAAUACUUAGUUAGAUGUUGCUUUUCUCAUAGCAAGAGGUGGUCUCAUGCCGCAGGGAAGCGACAGUUAGCACUCAUUAUGCUUGUAUGUCUAUCGUCGAAAUUUUUAGCCUCAAAAAUGGUGCCCUGCUGGGGGUUAUAAAUGUAUUCAGCAGAAA